ACAUCAACGGCACCACCACCGACAGCAAUUCCACCGCCACCAGCGACAUUAUGGUCCUGUGGAGCAAAUACGUCGACCGGUCGCGGUACGUGCUGCCGGUGGAUCCGCAGUUUGUGGCCAAAAUUAAUCCUUUCUGGCUACAGUUCGAUCCACCGACGGCAGGCGAACACUACGGGCUGGCCGCCUUCUACUUCCUUAUGAUGCUUUUCGGUGUGGUCGGCAACGCGCUAGUUAUCUUCAUGUUCUACAGAUAUCGUUCCCUGCGCACUCCGGCCAACUACCUGGUCGUGAACCUGGCCGUGGCCGAUUUUCUCAUCAUGCUAGAGGCCCCUCUGUUCAUCUACAACAGCAUACACCAUGGCCCAGCAUUCGGAUCGAUCGGUUGCACGGUAUACGCACUGAUGGGCGCCACCGGCGGCACGGUGGCCAUCGGCACGCUGACGGUUAUCUCCAUCGAUCGCUACAACGUGGUCGUGUUUCCGCUCAACCCGAACCGCUCGACGACCAAGCUAAAGUGCUACGUUACGAUUGCGUUUACGUGGGCCUACGGGCUGCUGUUUGCGGGGUUGCCGGCCCUCGAGAUUGGCCUGAGUCGGUACACGGCCGAAGGGUUCAUGACCGCCUGUAGCUUCGACUACCUGGACCGGACGCGCCAGGCGCGCGUCUUCAUGUUCGUGUACUUCGUGUUCGCCUGGCUACUGCCGCUGGUCAUCAUUAGCUACUGUUACGCCAAAAUCCUAAUUGCGGUCAUCAACGCCAACGCCAUCCAGUCGAACAAGUCGAAGAACAAGACGGAGGUGAAGCUGGCCGGCGUGGUGGUAGGCAUCGUGGGCCUCUGGUUCAUCGCCUGGACCCCUUACGCCGUCGUCGCGAUGAUGGGCGUGUUCGGGUACGAGCGGUACCUGACGCCACUCAACUCCAUGCUUCCGGCAGUAUUUGCCAAGAUUGCGGCUUCCAUAGAUCCGUACUUUUACGCCAUGAACCAUCCCCGCUACCGGCAGAUGCUGGAGCGGAUGUGCUGCCAGCGGACCGCGGGCGAGCAGGGAGGCUCCCUGUAUCAUACCCAGUCGCACUACACGCGCGGUGCAUCACGGGGCGCCGGUGACUCCGAGGCCGGCGAAGACCAGCGCACCGGUGGUGGUGUGGGGCACCGUGCUUCGUACCGUAGCGGCACCACGAACCGGCAGUCGGUGGUAAGUAAGGGUCGAGCACACUACAGCACCAACAGUGUCCGGAUGACGGCCAAAGGGACACUGGUGGAGCCUGUAUCGUGUGCCAACGCGUCGGUGCCACUGAACAGACAAGCCCCCAUCGUGGACGAGUCUGCGCUGGAAGUUUCGCUGGAAUUAUAGCAGCACGCCCAACGGGACGGAGGAGCCGUACAGCUCCUUCGGGUGACCGACAACUACGAAAACAGUGCCUUCUUGUAGCGCAUCUCGUGGGGCGGCCGAUACAACCGACAGCGAACCGAGACGAGACGCGCCAGAAGAUGGUAGACAAUUAGCCAAUGGUGGAAACGACACCGGUGGUGGUGGACGCUUAGGUCGUUGAAAGAGGUUUGGGACGUGACGGUAUACUGUGAGCUCAUUACGGUGUGGUUUCAAGGAGCCCGAUAGCUGUGUUUUAACUGCAUCCUAAUAGUGUGGUUUCCUUCUGCGCCAAACAUCUUACCGGGCGCUGCAAUGUGUAUGGUUCAACGGUCGACGACGAUUGCACGACGAGAAUUAAAGGCUGAGCGGCAGAGAGAGCGAGGCAUCCCGCAGAAGGAUGCACGUCAAAAAGUGGGCCUCCCACCGCAGCGACGAUGACAAGAAUAUAAUUUUUGAAAUGCUUUAAACCGGAGGAGCGAAGGUUAAAAAUGAAGGAGCAGUGCAUCAACUCAAAACGCAUGAUGAUGGAUUUCACCUUCGAACCAUUCGCCCACAAACUGUCUGCGCCGUAGGAGUCGAGUUGGAAUAAUAUUUACCAACGAACGUGUUUGCUCUGGCGUAAACUCUGGCUCGUUUACGAAAACAAACAAACAAAGCGCGUGCGUGGCAAUUAAGUUUUUCUUUCGUCCGGUGCGUGCGGAGUUCAAAAAAUCCAAGAGCACCGAGCAUCGUGAUAGAGAGGAUUGUUUUCGCCGCCGAGGAACAGAUGAUAGGCGAGACAUCUGUUCAGUUUUUCUUUGCUAUCGCAUUGUCGGACUGCUUAGAAUGGUGUGUAUAACUCGCAGCAAGUUGUCGAGCAUUAAAAAGAGGCCGUUUGUGGCCAAAAGCUUUUGUAUAAUAUCGAAACGCUGCAAGGAAUCUUAAAACUGACCGUAAAUCGAAAUUACGGCACCGGGUGAAUCGAUAACGUGAGCUUUGUCUGCUCGAAUUCAAAGGCGAGCACGAAUGCGAGCUCGAAUUCGCAUUCGUGCUCGCCAUUCGACGAGCGUACGGUGCAAGAUUGCGUGAAACUGUACGAAGUUGCAUGCAAAGAGCGUUUUUUAUUCGCCGAACCCAAACACGUGCUGACAAGCGAAUGGCGUGUUUUGGUUUUAUCUCGAACAGUAGCAACCGUUUGGCUCCGAUUUUUGUGUGUACUACUCAUGAAGGUUGUUUAUUUUUUUUUACGUUCCACAGGAAGAGCGUGUCAGAACGAGUCAAAAACGUGCCUUGAUUUUGAACCAAUUGGCUGAACCAUUCUGAAGGAGCGCAAAACCUCCGCGAGUGAGGCGUAAAUCUUCCAUGCGUAAAGUGGAGUUUGAAACGUUAAAAUUCCGUACUACUGUUUCAUGUCGUUUGGUUGUUUAAUAUUGACACCAAUUACCUUACGAAAGUGCGACCUGAGCUUAAGAGCGCGGAGCGUGGAGUGAAGCGGGAACGAGGCCCUUAAAGUGAGAAGAAGGCGAAACGCUCCAACAAAGUACAAAACGCGCGGCGGGGAUUGGACAGCGCUGAAGGAGUCGUUGUAAUGUAGUAGCUGUAGGUGUUGUGAGCUGAUAAGAUGUUUUAUUUUGAAAUCAAAAAGCUAUAACAAACCAAAAGACGUUAGCAAAAACGAGAGGCUCCCACCUGCUGCAAUCGAAAUGGUAGCAUUUUCGAUUCCCUUACUACAUGUUUUACGGUUUCUCUUCCACUUAUCGAUCCAUACAGACAGCAAAUCCGAUGUUAUAGAAUGAACGUUAAGGUUUAUG